AUGUCCCAGCAGGGCCAGCAUUUCGAGUCUAUAAUUACUGCCCGCUCGCCGACUGCCCGCAAAGCAGGCUCUGCGGCCGCACGUUCGCCUCCGUCCUGGAGUCUGACGGCAGAGUCAUCAGAGUCGCGGCGAGCCAUGGCUCACCGGCGUGUCCGCAAUUAG